AUGAAAGCUUCGACAAGUGGAGUAUCAGCUCCAAAUGUAGGUCCAGCGCCUACGCGGCUACGCCAGAUUGCCCUGGUAGCAAGGGACAUUGAUCGAGCAAGACAGUUGCUGACACACGUCAUCGGUACGGACGUUAUUUAUGAGGAUCCUGCUGUCAGUCAAUGGGGAUUGAAGAACUUUUUGAUUCCACUUGGCGGUGAUAUCAUUGAGGUUGUUUCUCCCUUCAAAGAUGGUACCACGGCAGGUCGCUUGCUUGAUAAACGCGGCGAUGGUGGGUAUAUGAUCAUCAUGCAGACCGAGGAUGCGAAGACGCGACGCCAGUACAUUGAGUCGCAAGGGUUGACCAAGGUCAUAGCCAACCACGAGCAUGGUGAUACUGUAUUUGUGCAGUAUCAUCCUAAGGGCAUCAAGGGCGGCAUGAUGCCUGAGCUCGACAGCCACACCCCAAGUCCGAAUAAUCCUACCCCUCUCAAAUCGCGAUUCUCACCGUGGCACGCUUGUGGCACAGAUCACAAGACAUACUAUCCUGGUAUGAGACGAUCCGCGCACCUUUCGCUCGAAGGUUGUAUACUACGAUUGCAGCCUGGCGACUAUGGGCACGAGGCCGCUGCAAGACAGUGGGAAGAGAUAUUUGGGGUUACGAGGAGCCGGGAUCUAUUGGCAUUCACAAAUGCCAGGAUGGGCUUCAUUCCUGGGAGGGAGGGAUAUACAGAGGGUCUGGCCUCGAUCACCGUGGGUGUGAGAGGCCAGGAUCAACUAGACGCCAUACUGAAAAGAGCAAAGGGAGCAGAUGUUUGCAAAGACGGUCGUGUGCAGAUGUGCGGUCUGCAAUGGUUGUUUGUUCUAACAGGGCAUGAAGAGCCCAAGCUUUAA